ACAUGUUUAAAGAUGUAUGCAAACGCAUAAUACUGCUUGCAUGCAUCAUGAUAUUACAAAAACAAUAAACGAAACUGCACAGUUAUACAUUACAGUCAAUGAAGACACAAAACGAGUGUACUUUUAGACAAUAAUGGGCUUUUGGCACAUGCAUAAGUUCGCGGGGGCGUGGCUUGGAGGUGUGUCAUGUCUGUGAUAUUUGGAUGUGGGUGAAAGUUUCAGUCACACACACUCAUCGACCAUGAAUGCUUCAUUCUGGAUGUAACUAUGUAGUCUGGACUGAUCGAGCUCAGAGGAUUGUAGUUGAGUUGGGCAUGUUGUUGGUUUGGAUGAUGAUUUUAAUAACACUUUUAUCAGCUCUUGUCCUGUGUGGAUCUGCACAAUAUUCCAGCGACCAGUGCAACUGGAGAGGAAGUGGUCUAACGCAUGAGUCUCAUGCACGGGAUGUAGAGCAGGUAUAUCUGCGCUGUGCCGAAGGCUCCUUAGAGUGGCUCUAUCCCACAGGAGCCAUCAUCAUCAACCUCAGGCCCAAUCUGCAGUCGAGGCCCAGAGGACACCUCCACGCCUGCAUCAAGCCUCGGGGAGACUCGCGGGGGGGCUCUCUGUACGUGGAGCGAGCCGGAGAUCUGAGACCGCUGCUGUCAGAAGCAGAGCAGGCCGCUGGUCGAGUGCGCUGCUUUAGUCUCCAGGAGGGGGCGCUGUUCGUGGAGGCGUCCGUGCAACAGGACAUCGGCAAGAGAAUCAUAGCGUUUCAGUAUCAGCUGAUCUCAACAGAGACACCAGGGGACAAGCUCUACUCACCUACAGCUGCAUGCCGGCCCUGCACUGAUCAGGAGGUGCUAAUGGCUCUCUGCACCAGUGACUUUGCGGUGCGCGGCAGUAUUCAGAGGGUCGAGCAGGAGGCUGAUGAAGAUAGGGCAUUGGUGGUGGUGUCAUUGAGUCACGUGUAUCGUCAGAAGAGUCGUGUGUUUGUGUCUGGUGGUGGGGGGCGCGGCCGCUGGACGGGUCGCGUGAAGAUUCCCCUGCAUUGCGGCCCGCGGGAGGGACAGGGCGAGUUUCUUUUUACAGGAGCGGUGAGAUUUGGAGAAGCGUGGCUGGGAUGUGCUCCGCAUUAUAAAGACUUCAUCAAACUCUAUCAGUCGGCUCUGGACUUAGGAACAAACCCCUGCCAUAUUGACACAGACUGAGAACACUUGCACAGACCUGCAAAUACUAUGCAGAAGACAAAUCGAGAUUUUAGGUGAAUCUCAGUACCUGUCAAGUAUCAGUUUGCAUCCUCGCUAAAAGUGGUCCGACUUCGGAAAUGGUGAAUUAAAAUAAAAAUAAAAAACAUGACUAGAACAUUACCUGUAAUUGUUUUGGCACAUGAUGCAAAAAAGAAAUAAGAAAUUAUAUUUUGCAUAAAGAAAAGUUGUCUGCUGUUUACCUUUCAAUCUGCUAUAUUACUGACUGCUAUAAAGCUAACAGCAAACCGAUUUGAUAAACAUGAGUGACAUGGUUGUCAGGGACAGGGUUAAUGUUAUAUUAGUCAUACUGAAAAGGGAAAAUGAUGGGGUCAUUGUUUAUGUACUUUCCAGUAUGUAUAUCACAAACUAGUUAGAAACUUACCGUGAAGACACUGCUUAACUCCGCAGCGCUUAACUCUGAACCGCUUAACUCCGCAGCGCUUAACUCUGAACCGCUUAACUCCGCUGCACUUAACUCCACGCCGCUUAACUCUGAACCGCUUAACUCUGCUGCACUUAACUCGGCACCGCUUAACUCGGCACCGCUUAACUCCGCUGCGCUUAACGCCACGCCGCUUAACUCCGCUGCACUUAACUCCACACCACUAAACUCUGCUGCACUUAACUCGGCACCGCUUAACUCUGCACCGCUUAACUCCGCUGCGCUUAAUGCCACGCCGCUUAACUCCGCACCGCUUAGCUCUGAACCCCUUAACUCCGCACCGCUUAACUCUGCACCACUUAACUCCGCACUGCUUAACUCCGCUACGCUUAACGCCACUCCGCUUAAGGCCACGCCACUUAAGGCCACGCUGCUUAAGGCCACGCCACUUAACUCCACACCGCUUAGCUCCGAUUCCCUUAACUCUGCAUCGCUUAGCUCCGCACCGCUUAGCUCUGUGUGUAUUUCAAAAACUAGUCAUCAUGUCAUCAACUUACCAUGAAGACACUGCUUAACUCCGCACCACUUAACUCCACUGCGCUUGAACUCCUCGCCGCUUAACUCCUAACCGUUUAAACGCUGCGCCGCUUAACUCCGCACCGCUUAACUCUGAACCACUUAACUCCGAACCACUUAACUCUGCAUUGCUUAGCUCUGCACCACAUAGCUCUGUGUGUAUUUCAAAAACUAGUUAUCAACUUACCAUGAAGACACUGCUUAACUCCGCACCCCUUAAAUCUGCACCCCUUAACUCCGAACCCCUUAACUUCGAACCCCUUAACUCCGUUCCGCUUAACUCCGCACUGUCUGCAGAACCACCAUCAGCGCAGCUCUGUAAACAGUGGAGUAGGAGCGUGCUCUGCUGGACAAGCUACGUAAUGACACCAAUUCCAAAUUAUUGUUUUCUGCAUUAUAUGUUUUGAAAAAAAGUUUUAAUAUCUGCGCAUAUCGGUAAAAUAUAUGCCGAUACGAUAUAUCUGUGAAAGGCUAAUUUCGAUAAAUCGGCCGGGCACUACUACAAAUACCAUAGUUCAAUUUGAAUUACUAAUUAAAAAGGUCACAAUGCAACAAAUUAUUUGUUAAUUGUUAUUUAUGGAAAACGUAACUUCUUAUUUCUUUUUGAUUUUGGGAUGAAACAUGACCUGGACGUGCUCAUGACAGGUUUCGUGAGAUUCACCGCCAGUAAAUGGGUCUGGUGGAGCGGUUGGAUGCAUCUCAAGUGUGAGAUAAACACUGAUAGACACACCCUGAAGUUCUUCUCCUUGGUUACAGAAGUUUUUUUGUUUGUUCCUGUUGCCUGAUUUCUCACAUCUGAAAGUGAUAAUGAGAAAGUGUGUUGUAACACUUGUGUGGAUGCAAGUGUGUAUUAUCUCUUGCCUGCACGCAUGUGCUGGAGGAGUUCACGGUGCUUUUGUUAAAAGCUUUGUUUAUAGUUAGAGAGGUCAAUUCUUCUGACUGAGUUCAUGAACGGUGUGUUUAUGGGAAAGUUUGUACAUGCAUAAAUACAUUUUGUGUAUAUGCUGUAUUUGUGUAUGAGUUGCAUUGUUCUGUUCCCUCAAAAUAAGUUCAAAUUUCUGAGAAAUGAAACACUCUUAAUAAAACACAUGGAUUAUUGUAUUGUUAUUAUUAUUAUAAUAUAACAAAUAUAAUUAUUAUGUUUUUAUAUAUUUUUGAAACGCAAUUCAAGCUCGAUUUGAUGUGUCAUUGUGUUCCAAAAUGUGGCUGAACACAUUGCAAGUGUACAUUUGUACACUUAUCAACUUACCAUGAAGAUACUGCUUAACUCCGCGCCAUUCUCAGCAUUGCCACAAGGGGUGCUACAGUAAAUAGUGCAAACUUUCAAGCUAUUUCUCAGUUUUUACUGCUCGUUUUCCCCUAAAUUAAUGCUAAGUUGAAUCCUCCGCUUCGCUUUAGAGGGGGGUCAGGGAAUUUAGCAUACAUCCCACUGCAAAUCUCCAGCACCUACUGAUAUACAGUAUUUCAUGAAUUGUUAUAGUGUUGGAUCAUCAUUUUAUUGCAAUUUCUCACAUAUGAACUUGGACUCGAAAUACAUAAAAAAUGUCACAAGCAUCCACAUUUUGGAAUGUAAUCCAAAUAUCUGCUUAACAUAUGUGCUAACCCUGUUUUCUUUCAAUGUAUCCAGAAACUUUCUGGAGCAUGUUUGUAACAUGGCAAAGUGGAGUACGAGUUUGAGAGAGUGACAGUCGAUCAGUUUCAGGGGGGGAUCAGACAUUUCUUGGAGGGGCAAGAGGAAACACAAGAGUAAGCCAUGCUUACACCCGUUUUACACCCCAUUGAUAUUAUUAAUAUCAAAAUGUUAAAUUGAAAGUUUUGGUUCAGAAUAGGAACAGAGAAGGGGAAAAGAAUCAAUCUAGCGUUUCUUUUUGUUUGCUUACAGAUACUGGGCAAAUAUACCUCCAUUCAUUCACACAAACACACUGUGCUGUCAUUAUUUGAGAACCAUGACAACAGUUAAUUGUGUUUCCAUGGACACUGGGUUCUCAUGAUGUCACAGCAGCAUUGUCCAGAGUUCAGAAAACUUUGUGUCUGGCCGAGAGUUCCCGUAAUUCAGCCAAACUGGGGCGGGCAAAAGGCCAAACCGAGAAGGCAUUUAGAGCAUGAACCAACCAAAUGUGUGCAACACUCACGAGGGUGGAAGUGAUUAUUUUUUUCCUUUGCUUUUGUGUGGAAUGCAUUAUUAAUUUGAUUUGUGUGUUUGUGUGAAUGCAUUGGAAUGUGGGAAUGUCUCAAAUAUUACUCGUCUUACAAAGCGUUCAACCUUUCAGCUGUCUCAAAAACGUCUGGAAUGAAACCACAGAUAACUGAAACCGUAUGGGAUCAAAAUCCCGUCAAAAGUAUUGCGGUCACGAAUCCAAAAACAAUAAGCAUGAAUCAAAAAUUUAGAAACUCAAUUAAAAUAUGCUGCAAAACACAACAAUAGAAAAAUUUAAGCAAAGUCAUCAAAAUUGCAAACAAAAUCUUUUUUUCCUUGGUUAUAUUACUGUUGUUUGUGCUCUCUGGCAAUUUUGCUCAUAUUUUCAUUUUUUUAAAUGUAAAUGUUCUGGAUAUGUAUGCACCAAUGUUGCUGUAUCUUUAGAGACGGUCCCUAAAUUUGUGACUAUUUGUGAAUAAAGAA